AAAUUAAAAUUAUAUAUACUUUGAAAUUUUUAGUGUAUAUUCCACAAAUAUUUUAAUGUCUUAAAACAUUUUUCUCACUGCUUUGAAAACGGGAAAGAUAUUUUAUCAAGUAUGUACUUGAUAUGAUGUAUCAGUGGUCAUUACAUUUUAAUACAUGUAAUUUUUGUUUAUCGCCUAAACUGGUGAUUGUUAAUCACAGAUUUUAGAAUCAAAGCUAGUUUAUCUAAUUAAGCAAAACUGCGGUUUCAUUUACUUAAUGCAUUAUCUUAUUGAUUAUUUUCUUCUCCUAUGUACUAUGGUCUUUUCUUCUGUUCUUAGCCCCCAAAGCCUCCUUCACUUGGUUUAUGGCCAAUUCUAUAUCCUAGUUGGUGCCUGUAUUUCAACCCAGAACCAUGCUGGAUCACAAUGUUUGAACAUUUGCAAGGCGUUAGUUAUGUGCUGGAUUACAGUUGUAUCCUGGCCCACAGACUUGAAUCUCCGGUUCCUAAAGUCAGAAAACAUGGUAUUUUAGUCCACAUGGCAGAGCCAGCAUUUGCUGUGCAUGUUCAGAAGGCUGGCUUGCAGAAGACCUUAGAGUAUUUAUCAUUUUAUGGACAUUGCAACAGUUUGUUUGUUAUUCAUAUAUAUCUUCACUUAACUACCAUCAGUGGUUCUGAAAUGGUACAUGAGUAAGUCUCCUGGAGUGCUUGUAAAAAUAUUGAUCCUUGGCCAAACAUUGUAAUUCAGUAGCUAUUGGUAUGACCAGGGAGACUACAGUAUUAAUGACAAUCCCAAGUGAUUCUGAGGCAUGUGGCCCCUGGCUUACAAUCUUUAUAUAUAAUGGACUAUUUAGAAUGAGAAAUUAAAUAAAUUAAGAUACUGUAGUUAAGUCUGAACACCCGUUACUGCUCUUCUGUAUGUAAUUGCAGUUAUAAGAAUAGCUCCAGUUCCAAUCUUGGAUUUAUUGUACUUGUAUCUCUUGCACCCUUUCAUUAUUUGAAAUUAUUCAUUCCUGUGAAGUACAAAAGAUAGACGCCAAUUUCAGAUGAGUCAGAAGACAAUUUACAUGUUAAGUAUAGUACUAGUUAUUCCAAAUUACUAAAACUAAAAAAAAAAAAAAAGUUAGACACAGAAGAGACUUUGUAGAUAAUUUAUUCUAACUCCCUAUUUCUAAAUGUAACCAAAAUUUCAUCUUCUUAAAAGAUUUAUUCACAAAAGAUAAGCUAGUUAUUAGUAUUAUCACUAGUAGAAGACAGAUUUCUUAAAUCACAGUAAGAACUCUUCCGAUUCCAGAAAUAUUUUUCCUAUUUUACUAUUCAUGAGAAUCACUGAAGUUACUUGUCAAAAUGAAUAUUCUUGGGCUCAAUCUCAGAAAUAACUGCUCUGGAACCUGGUAAGCAAGGAGCUCAGACGUUUGUCUUUUUAGCAUUCCUCAAGGGUGAUUUGAAUAUAAUUGGUCCAAGGAGCACAUUUUGUGAAAUAGGGUACACUAUCUUGCUAGAAGGAUUGAAAAAUUAAAUAAAUAAUUAUUACUACGCUCAAAUAAUUAAAAGACAAGCCAUUUAGCCGGGCUCUAAGACAGGCCCUGGGGGCUAAUAGAUAAAGUCCUUACCAUUCAAGAAGCCCGUUGAUUAGAGGUGGUGAUUCAUAAUAAGCAAAUCAAACACAGUGUGUUAGGUGAUCUAGAGCACAGAGACAGGGACCUCCAGUAGUAGAAAGUGUCAGUAAAAGCCAUCAGGAAAAACAUCUCAGAGAAUGUGACCCUGCUGGCAGGAGUAGAUGAAGAAAGAGCACUUUAGGCAAGGAGAGUACCUGGUAGGGGGUGGGGAGAAAGAAAACAACACAAGCAUCAACAACAAAAUACCUAAACCAUCACAGAAUUGGAAUGAGAGAAAGCAUUCAGUAAAUACUCAUCGUUAUUUGUAUUACUUAUUUCAACAGUGGGCUGAGAAAGGAGGAGAAUCCCAUGAAAGACAUUAACAGGAGAAGGAGUGGGGGCCGCUGAAGCUUCAGACCAAGCAAGUUCCUGUAACCAUUCAACCAGGUGUUGAGAAGAUAUGUAGCAGCUGAGCACCUUCCUCUUGACACCAUCUUCAGAAUCAGCUUUGGAGAUGCUUUCACCCUGUCCAUCUUCUGCAGCAGCCGGGCAGAGUGCUGACUCCUUCACAGCAGUGAGGAACUCUUCAGGCUCCAGAAGCUCUUAAAUCUGAUCUACAAUGGAAAAAUUUCUUUUUUAUUUGUUUUUCAUUGGCAUAGCAGUGAGAGCUCAGAUCUGUCCAAAGCGUUGUGUCUGUCAAAUUUUGUCUCCUAAUCUUGCAACCCUUUGUGCCAAGAAAGGGCUUUUAUUUGUUCCACCAAACAUUGACAGAAGAACUGUGGAACUGCGGUUGGCAGACAAUUUUGUUACAAAUAUUAAAAGGAAAGAUUUUGCCAACAUGACUAGCUUGGUGGACCUGACACUAUCCAGGAAUACAAUAAGUUUUAUUACACCUCAUGCAUUUGCUGACCUACGAAAUUUGAGGGCUUUGCAUUUGAAUAGCAACAGAUUGACUAAAAUUACAAAUGAUAUGUUCAGUGGUCUUUCCAAUCUCCAUCAUUUGAUAUUGAACAACAAUCAGCUGACUUUAAUUUCUUCUACAGCAUUUGAUGAUGUAUUUGCCCUUGAGGAGCUGGAUCUGUCAUAUAAUAAUCUAGAAACCAUUCCUUGGGAUGCUGUUGAGAAGAUGGUUAGCUUGCACACCCUUAGUCUGGAUCACAAUAUGAUUGACAACAUUCCCAAGGGGACUUUCUCCCACUUACACAAGAUGACUCGGUUAGACGUAACAUCAAAUAAAUUGCAGAAGCUACCACCUGAUCCUCUCUUUCAGCGAGCUCAGGUACUAGCAACCUCAGGAAUCAUAAGCCCAUCUACUUUUGCAUUAAGUUUUGGUGGAAACCCUUUGCAUUGCAAUUGUGAAUUGUUGUGGUUGAGGCGUCUGUCCAGAGAAGAUGACCUAGAGACCUGUGCUUCUCCUGCACUUUUAACUGGACGCUACUUUUGGUCAAUUCCCGAGGAAGAGUUUUUGUGUGAGCCUCCUCUCAUUACACGUCACACGCAUGAAAUGAGAGUCCUGGAGGGUCAAAGGGCAACACUGAGGUGCAAAGCCAGGGGAGACCCUGAACCUGCAAUUCACUGGAUUUCCCCUGAAGGGAAGCUUAUUUCAAAUGCAACAAGAUCUCUGGUGUAUGAUAAUGGAACACUUGACAUUCUUAUAACAACUGUAAAGGAUACAGGUGCUUUUACCUGCAUUGCUUCCAAUCCUGCUGGCGAAGCAACACAAACAGUGGAUCUUCAUAUAAUUAAGCUCCCUCACUUACUAAACAGUACAAACCAUAUACAUGAGCCUGAUCCCGGUUCUUCAGAUAUCUCAACUUCUACCAAGUCAGGGUCUAAUGCAAGCAGUAGUAAUGGUGAUACUAAAAUGAGUCAAGAUAAAAUUGUGGUGGCAGAGGCAACAUCAUCAACGGCACUGCUUAAAUUCAAUUUUCAAAGAAAUAUCCCUGGGAUACGUAUGUUUCAAAUCCAGUACAAUGGUACUUUUGAUGACACCCUUGUUUACAGAAUGAUACCUCCUACGAGCAAAACAUUUCUGGUCAAUAAUCUGGCUGCUGGAACUAUGUAUGACUUAUGUGUCUUGGCCAUAUAUGACGAUGGCAUCACUUCCCUCACUGCCACAAGAGUCGUGGGUUGCAUCCAGUUUACUACGGAACAGGAUUAUGUGCGUUGCCAUUUCAUGCAGUCCCAGUUUUUGGGAGGCACCAUGAUUAUUAUUAUUGGGGGAAUAAUUGUAGCAUCUGUGCUGGUUUUCAUCAUCAUUCUAAUGAUCCGGUAUAAGGUUUGUAACAAUAAUGGGCAACACAAGGUUACCAAGGUUAGCAAUGUUUAUUCUCAAACUAAUGGGGCUCAGAUUCAAGGCUGCAGUGUAACACUGCCCCAGUCCAUGUCCAAACAAGCUGUGGGACAUGAAGAGAAUGCCCAGUGUUGUAAAGCUGCCAGUGACAAUGUGAUUCAAUCUUCAGAAACUUGUUCCAGUCAGGACUCCUCUACCACUACCUCUGCUUUGCCUCCUUCUUGGACUUCAAGCACUUCUGUGUCCCAAAAGCAGAAAAGAAAGACUAGCACAAAGCCAAGUACCGAACCACAGAAUGAAGCUGUCACAAAUGUUGAGUCCCAAAACACUAACAGGAACAACUCAACUGCAUUGCAGUUAGCUAGCCGACCUCCUGAUUCCACCACAGAGGAGCCCUCAUCUAAAAGAGCACAUACAAAGCCAAGUAAGUUUCUCACUUUGCCUGCUGAGAGAUCCAGAGCAAGGCACAGGUACUCCCUGAAUGGAGAAUUAAAAGAAUACUAUUGUUAUAUUAACUCACCGAACACAUGUGGACUAUUUUCUAAAAGAAGCAUGUCUAUGAAUGGGAUGUUAAUUCAGUCCAACAGUUGUGAUGGUCAUAGUGGAAAAGCAACUCUUUCAAAUUCUGAGUGGAUAUUGGAAAGCUCUGUGUAAUCUAUAUUUCUUUUAAAUGAAAAAUCAGUUUGAGAACUCACAUGGGCAAUUGGAAUUUGUAAUUCCAGUCUUGUCUCUCUGAUACAUGGCUAAUAGAGCCCAGGUUGUGUAUAAAUCUUCUAGGGUAUAUAUUUCAACAUAUGUAUAUAUAUAUGUUGGAAGGUAACAUCAAUAAAAUGGUUAAGGGGAAAAAAAAGCAUGAGAUAGCAGCAGUGCCUUUCCCUAUGCUAGGACCAACUUCUAGGUUCUGCAACAGCAGAUCACAAAAUGGAAGCUGUCAUAGGAAAAAAAAAAAGUCUUACAUAAAAAUGAUAUUUUCUCCAAUUUUACAAAGGACCACCUAUGGAUAAUUGGUAUUUUUUAAUGAAUAGACUGACUAUUUUCUUUCAAUGGCAAUGGUUUUGCCUUUGUUUUUAGGAAAAUGUUGUAGAGAAAACCCCAUGUUGUUUUGUUAUUUAAAACAUAAUAGUCAAUUAGUAUACCCAGACAAUAAUAAAAUCAAUAUCUUUCUAAACAACAUCCUUGGUUCAGGUGCCUUAACAGUUCUAAGAUAUUUCUAAUCCAUGACACAGUUAUUUUCAGUGGAAAGAAGAAAAUGGCAUUUAUUUUUCAUUUAUCAAAAAUUCCAAUUAGUUUUAAGUCACAGACCACAAUUCCGUAUGCAUCUACAUGGACAUAUGAAAGUGUUUUCAUUCAUUUAAUACACAUUAGCUGAGUGAAUGAAUUUUAUAUGGCUCUUAAUGCAAGUUAAAGAGGGAGACAAAAAUACAAGACUUCUCUUGUAUCAAAGGGGUGCUCAUUUUUAUCACCAACUAAAAUUUAAAAAAAAACUAAAAACUUCUAAUGGAGUUCUCAUUACAUUUUUAAGUGAUAUAAAGUCAUUGCUCAUUAACCAGAUAGUGGCUUUUUUCUUUUUUGCACUAUACUUCUGCAUUUGAAUGUUUCUCUCUUAAAGUAAAUGCAUUUAUUAUUCUAACCAAAACCUGUGACAAAUUUAAUUAAAAAUCAUGCAGCUCAGUGAGAAUGCAUGGUUUUACAAAAGAAUUUUAAAUUUAGUCAGAAAA